AUGUCUACUCUAUCAUCAACCUCUUCCAUAGUUCCUAGUUCUGUGGCCGGAGAAAGUACAAUUCCAGGCAUUCAGUUCAGUCAUCCAACGACUGAAGAGCUUUCAAAGCAAGUUCAAAGUCAACAAAUCACCAUCCGUCAGCUGGAAGCUAAAAUUCGAGAGCUUCAAGAAGAACUCACCAACGCCAAAAUGCUUCUUGUAAAGAAGAAAAAGAUUUCGGCCAACGUCCCGGACUGCUCGGCGGAAGAAAAUCUUACCAAGGACAUCCAGCACUUGGCCAAGUAUCACGCCAUAUUCAUUCGUCCCAUCAUUCCUAAAACACUUUUUGGGCAUCCCAAACCACCGUUCCUGCCUAGCGAUGCGCGUAAACGCUACUCCGACAUGUCAAAGCUCGAUCUCGGUCAUAUAGCCGAGUUAUAUGCGAACUUUCCUUCUAAAUAUCAUUCAAUUUUGGGUGGCGAGAAUAUGGAUAUAGCCAUAUCGACGUUCACAAAGGCAAUGUCUGAUAUAAGAUCCACCGUACUAAACAAGAUACGAACUCUCGCCACUGCAGUAUUUCCCACUAUUCCCUCCGAAGUAUUUUUGGCAACAAGAUCAGCUCCAUCCAAAUCCAAAUCCGCUUCGUCGGUCUCAGAAACCGCGCAGAAGUCAGUGUCAUCACGCCCUACAUCAUCAGCAUCAACUAGAAUCAGCACAGCCAAUCCACCUAUUACGUAUCUCAGUGAGCAUCCUGAAAUUCAGCGUCUUCUUGGUGGAACCUGUAGGCGCAAUCAGCAAACUGGCGACCCAUUUCUUGUAUACGAAAAUGAAACAGUCGAGGUAUUUCCUCCGGUUCUUUUUGCCAAUGGAGAUGGACAAAAUAUCCUCGGAUUAUUUAAAAGCCAAUAUUUGCUCGAUAUUGGAAAGCUAACUAUUUAUGGGCCAACUGCUUUGAAGGAAGGAGUGGUUCGCCGUAUGCGCGAAGACAGUCCAUUUUUGCACAUCGACAAACGUCCUACUUGCACAACACCUGGAUUUAUUGCCUGGUGCUGUACAGCGGCAGUCUACACUCUGUCCGAUGAUAUUGAAUUUACAAGCAGUGGUGUUGGCUCUCGUACUGGACGGAAAUAUCUUUCACAACACGAUAUGUACACAAAGUACCUUAUAACACAAUACUCCUCUCUCACCUCUCUCUUCAAAUUCUGGGAUGCGACACUUUUCCCCCAUCAAGCCUCCAAUAACUUGCCACAGCAGCUUGUUGCACCUCACCCUACCGUAAUUUUGAUUCCGAACACUCUGGAUCCAGUUGGUACCAUGAUUGCCAACUUCACUCGCCAAUCUUCUAUUGCGGAUCCGGAUGCUAUUACAACCGAGGUUGAGGCCGAGAAGACAGAUAGCGAGGAGGAGUUCCAUCCAUCAAGUUCUAUUACACGAUUCUCUUCAGCAGUUGAUUCUUCUCACAUUGUGGAAUCUGACACAAAUGAGGCCGAAUCUGACGACGGCAACAUGCAUCCAAGUCUCACGCUUUCACCUGGCACAAAUCCACCAGCGGCACAUCAUGACAUUACUACUGUUUAUUUACCAAUUGAACACGCUCCCACACCAUCCGCUCAAUCAAGCAAUCCCAGGCCACCAGCUUCUACAAGCAUACCCCGAAAUAUGCCAUCUACCCCAGGUAUUGACACAGCCUCCGUGCCUCUCACGUCGCUUACCGUGACUUUAAAUUUAGAUGUUCCUGUCCCUCAGCAAUUGUCAGCUCCAAAGAAGCGUGCAGGAAAAAAGAAAGCAGCACCACUUGAGGCCGAUAAUACUCUAGUACCGGGUAAUAGGGUCGAUAAAGCCGCUGAACAGAACGGUUACUUAGAGCUGCCGUCGCUACUUCAAAUACAACAAUCUACGAUUCAGAGUCCUGACGGUCAAAUGAAGGGUUGA